AUGACACAAACCUACCCCCACCUUGCUUUUGUAUACUUCAACAGUGGUUACCCGAUGUCGUUUCAAUUUAGGUUCUCGCACGACACGCUAUUCGCGAAAUUGAUAUCGUCGCUUAACUCUCUCUUGCAAUACCCGGAAAAUCGGAAGGUUGUCAAGCUUGAGUACCGCUCGCCUUCACUUGACGACGAGGGAGACGUCCAGUUCACCCCAUUUGAUGUCAAGAACGACGAAGAUUUAGCAGUUAUAUGGAUAACUUUCGACCGAUUUUCUUCGAAGGGUCCGAUUGAGUUGGAUGCAAAACUUCAAAGAUCGGGAGCCGACGUUAUCAAAAUGUUGACCCAUCCUAAACUACCUGUGUUUAACAAUAUGUAA